CAAUAUUGAGGAUUAACAAUAUAACACUGAACAUAUAGAGUAAUUCUGUUUGCUUUGUUAUUGAAAUUUUAUCAAACGGAUAUCCUAUUACGUCGUGCAAUCUGUGUUCCUCAACUCCACGAUCAUCCACGAGAUCCCAAUCGAAUUUCUAUUUUGAAUCUUUAAAAAGACACAAGUUAAUAACCAAUUUCUGAGGGCUCAUUUAGUAGACAUGAAUGAAAAAGAAUUGGUUGUUGAAAUUACGGAAUUACAUGAGUUAUUACGCGCGAAAGAAGCCCAACUGGCUGCCUUAAGGCGCGAAAAACAAAUUGUACAAGACUGUGGGCUGAGCAACGAUGAGAUAUCAAGAUAUAGCAGGCAAAUGUUUUUGUCAGAAGUUGGCGUGAAAGGCCAAUUGAAGAUAAAAAAUAGUGCAGUAUUAAUUGUAGGAGCAGGUGGUCUUGGAUGUCCAGCAGCAUUAUAUCUGGCAUCUGCCGGUAUUGGACACAUUGGUAUAAUUGACUAUGAUGAUGUUGAGAUUAACAAUCUUCACAGACAGUUGUUAUUCACAGAAAUAAACAUUGGAACGCCGAAAGUAAAUGCUGCUGCAGAAAAUCUUAAUCGCCUAAAUAGUAACAUUAAAAUUACUCCAUAUAAAAUCCAACUGGAUAGUAGCAAUGCUUUAGAAAUAAUAAAAUGUUAUGAUGUGGUAUUAGAUGCAACUGAUAAUGUAGCUACACGUUAUCUAUUAAAUGAUGCGUGCGUUCUGAGUAAGAAACCUUUAGUUUCUGGAUCCGCAUUAAGGUUCGAGGGACACUUAACUGUAUUUAAUCAUUAUGGACCUUGCUACAGAUGUAUAUUUCCCAAACCUCCUCCCCCCGAGACUGUAACAAAUUGCGGCGACGGUGGUGUUUUCGGGCCAGUUGUUGGUACCAUUGGCGUUUUACAAGCAGUAGAAGCUUUAAAAGUUCUGCUCAACAUGCCACACAUAUUAUCUGGUCAACUUCUGUUAUAUGACGGAUUAGAAACGAAAUUUCGCAAUAUCAAUUUGCGGGAUAAAAAUGUAAAUUGUCCCGUGUGUGGCGAACAUCCGACCAUACAAGAAUUGAUCGAUUAUGAGCAAUUUUGUGGUGCAAAAGCAAAUGAUAAAGAUCCGAAGUUGACUAUAUUAAAGAACGAGGAACGAAUAAGCGUGGAAGAAUAUAAUGCAACGUUAAAAUUAGGUACAAAACCUCACAUGUUGAUCGAUGUGCGUUCGCCCGAAGAAUUUCAAAUUUGUCGUUUAAAGAAUUCCGUAAAUGUACCAUUGAACGAAAUUAAUAAUAAUGAAAGGAUAAUGCUAAUAAAAAAUAAAAUGCAAGAAAUGAGAAAAGACCACGACGAAAUUGGUCUGUAUGUUAUGUGUAGAAGAGGAAAUGAUUCACAAAAGGCUGUAAAACACUUUCAAAAGAUGUUGAACGAAAGUAAUUUAGAAAUAAAAGAUAUAAUUGGGGGAAUUCAUGCAUGGAGUAAAAAAAUUGAUGAUACGUUUCCUGUGUAUUAA